CUAAAAAUAAUCUAAGCGGGACGAAACCAAACCAAGAAUACCUAUUCCCUUUAAUAGUAGGUAUAGAUAUAGAUUUGCUCGCUACGACGCUAAACACGCUAUAGCGUGCUAUUUUGGCGUUUUAGCGAAAAAACGUUAUACGUUUUAGCGUGGAAUGGACCAAAACAGGGUCAUCUAGGCUGUUGGACAGACAGCAGGCUCAACAGCCCAUUGGGGAAUCGGCCCAAAACUUUCUCUUGACCUAACCUAGCCAUCGGGCAUCAGACCACAACACCACGCACUGGCAAUCCCCUCCCAAGUUUCACAUCGAUAGCUUGUAGCGGCGGCGGCUGCUGCGGUGACCCCAACUCGAAGCUGCCGCGUCCAUGUCAGCCACACCGUCGGCGCCGGCGACUCAGCCAGGCCUCGGCGUGUCAAGCACAGCAUCAACAGCCCAUGGACAAGCUGCCAUUGCGAAUGCGAAGUCAAAAGACCCAGGAUGGAAAUAUUGCAUUUGCCCGGAUGAAAACAAGAAGAAUUCACUUAGGUGCAUCUAUUGUAAUAAUCUGUACACCAAUGGUAUUACUCGGAUCAAGUUCCACCUUGGAAACAUUCCGAAUUCCAAUGUUCUACCUUGCACAAAAGUGCCUGCUGAUGUAAGGGAUGAAAUUGUUGAGUAUUUGACAAGGAAGGGUGAGAAAAACGCAAUGAAGGUUACAGAGCAGAAGAGAAGGAGAUGUGAAGUGGACUUGAGCCACUCAGAGGGGGAAGGUGCUAGUGACUCAGAUGACUCAUAUUAGUGCCCUUGAAAAAUAUUUGCCUAUGUUAUGCUAGCAAACUUGAUUUGUUCUCAACUUCAUAGAAGUGUCCUGUUGUCCGUGUUGUAAAUGUACGCAAUCCUGGUGUUCGUGUUGCUUGAUAUGAAUUGAUGGCUGGUUUGUGCUGUACAGUGUAUAACUUUCCUUGAUGUAGAAUAUAUUUCCUUGCUUCCUUACUGUGAUAA